AUGGAGAAAUGCUGCCUGGUGCCUCCCUGCCUGCAUUGCCGUCAAACAUCACCGUUCAACGCUUCGUCGCAUUCACUGCAUCACCACACACAGCGAGCUACUGAAUCUACCACCAUCGCCACCAAUAAAACCAUAGCCAGACUGGAUCCAAACAUAACCUCCACUACCACUGGAUCCAACAAGCCACCAAACACCACCACCACUACAGCCCCACCCAACAAACCAUGUCUUCAAAGCAGUUGCGGGGCCUUCACAACGAUAGCGGUGGCGAUGACUGUAUCUUCGUUGAAGAAGAUUUCAGAAGCUUCAAAAUUUCCCAGAAGUUCGUUAGCUCCGUCCAGCAUAAGCAUUCCCUCUCACAGUAGCAAAAGCAGUGUUCACAACCUCCCUACUCCAAGAUCUGAAGCUGAAAUUCUCUCAUCCCCUAAUGUUAAGCCCUUCUCGUUUAAUGAGUUAAAGAAUGCGACCAGAAACUUUCGACCUGACAGUCUUCUUGGGGAAGGAGGAUUUGGUUAUGUUUUCAAAGGAUGGAUUGAUCAGAACACUCUUACUGCUGCAAAGCCAGGAUCAGGACUGGUUAUUGCUGUGAAGAAGUUGAAGCCUGAGGGUUUCCAAGGCCACAAGGAGUGGUUGACAGAAGUAAAUUAUUUGGGGCAACUUCAUCAUCCAAACCUGGUUAAACUUAUUGGUUAUUGCUCUGAGGGUGACAACCGGCUUUUGGUGUACGAGUUCAUGCCCAAAGGAAGCCUCGAGAACCAUCUGUUCAGAAGAGGUCCUCAGCCGCUCAAUUGGGCUACAAGAAUCAAGGUGGCUGUAGGUGCUGCCAGAGGCCUCUCGUUCUUGCAUAAAGCUGAACAUCACAUAAUAUAUCGGGAUUUCAAGGCCUCUAACAUCCUUCUUGAUGGGGAAUUUAAUGCAAAGUUGUCCGAUUUUGGAUUGGCUAAAGCUGGGCCAACUGGUGAUAAGACUCAUGUUUCUACUGAAGUUAUGGGUACUCAAGGCUAUGCUGCUCCAGAAUAUGUUGCUACAGGCCGAUUGACAUCAAAAAGCGACGUAUACAGCUUUGGGGUUGUUUUACUGGAACUCGUAUCGGGACGACGUGCUGUUGAUAAAGCAAAGGUUGGUGUGGAACAAAACCUUGUCGAUUGGGCAAAACCAUAUCUGGGUGACAAGAGAAAAUUGUUCCGAAUAAUGGACACAAAACUCGAGGGUCAGUACCCUCAGAAAGCUGCAUACACUGCCGCUACCAUCGCAUUGCAGUGCCUUAAUCGAGAACCAAAACUCAGGCCAAACAUGGCUGAGGUGUUAUCCACACUUGAAGAGCUCCAAUCUCAGCAAAGUGCAUCAAGGCCUAUAAAAGGCAGGAAUCGAACUUCUUUUGAUCCUGUAUCUAUGUCGCCGUUGAAACAUCAUAAGUCGCCUCGUAAUAUGACACCUUCGGCGUCUCCAUUGCCAUCACACUUGAGAUCUCCACUUGUUAGAUGAGGCAGAAUAAUGUAAUUUCAACUUGGUUUUAUCCCUUAUGUUAUGUAAAUAUAUUGUAGUUCAAGUUUCCGCUUUUGCCAUUGUUGGAUUAUGUAUUUUGACGCCAUGAAGCUUAUUGAAAGUUGCUUUCGAAAACUUUGAAGCACUA